AUGGAAAGAGGAAGAGCAAGUUAAUUUAAAAGAGGAAAAAGAGCUGGCAGAGGAGCUACAGCAAAAGUUAAAGGAAGAGGCUACUAUGAAUAUGAGGAGGAGAAGUAGGAAUCUAACACUUAAUUGAAUAAUAUGCCAAGUAGUACUUAGUAUAAAUAUGUUGCUAGAAAUCAAUACUAGUAGGUCUCAAAUAUUCCUGAAGAAACAAAAAUGUAAUUAAGGUGA